AUGGUUCAAUCGGUAAGAAGUUCGGCUGCGACUGUAUCGUCGACGGUUCGAAGCCACAGGGUUGCCGUACCUAUCUAUUCGUCAAAAAAAUCCCUUACUUUAUUAUUAUUAUUAUUAUUAUUAUUAUUAUUAUUAUUAUUAUUAUUAUUAUUAUUAUUAUCAUUAUUAUUAUUAUUAUUAUUAUUAUUAUUAUUAUUAUUAUUAUUAUUAUUAUUAUUAUUAAUGUAA